CUCUCUGCGUAAACGGAGCGAGUGGAGAAGGAGAGAGCGCACGGUGAGGAAAGCAGAGCUUAGUGGCAAGGCAGCGGUGCCGCUGACACGAGUAAAGGGACCCCGUGGCUGUUUCCACCACCUCUCUCUUCUCUCAGCUUAACCUGCGCCUUCUCACACGGACUUCGACAUCGGGACUAGAGGCUGUACACACCUACCGACCCUCUUUUUGGACUCGUUUGAUUAAUCAGCAGAGACCCUGAGGUGGAAGUGUGGGGGGGAUUCUCGUUUCCCCCACCGUGGACCGAGGAGUUGUGUGUGUGUUUAUGUGUUUUACGCGUUGCUUGUAAUGGGGAAAAGUGGACAGAGAAGUGGAAUAGGACACGGGGGUUGCAGCUUGGUGAGGAUGUGCGCCACGCCGGGGAUCCUGCUUCUCCUGGUGCUCGCACACAGAGGAAUCGCCCAAGUGAGAGACGAUGAUGAUUUCCUGAGUCUGAGUGAGCUCCCAGAAACCUUCCCCUCCGACCCUCCGGAGCCCUUACCUCACUUCCUGUUUGAACCUGAGGAGGGCUACAUUGUCAAAAACAAACCUGUCAAUCUGUACUGCAAAGCAACACCUGCCACGCAGAUUUACUUCAAGUGCAACAGCGAGUGGGUCCAUCAGAAAGAUCACACUGUGGAGGAGAGGGUGGACGAAAACUCAGGUCUGGUCGUAAGAGAAGCCAGUAUAGAAAUUACACGACAGCAAGUGGAGGAGCUGUUCGGUCCUGAAGAUUACUGGUGCCAGUGCGUGGCCUGGAGCUCCGCUGGAACCACCAAAAGCCGCAAGGCACAUGUCCGCAUCGCAUACCUGAAGAAGUCAUUUGAACAGGAACCCCUGGGAAAGGAAGUAUCUCUGGAGCAGGAAGUGCUCUUACAAUGUCGCCCUCCGGAGGGCAUACCAGCUGCCGAGGUGGAGUGGUUGAAGAACGAAGAGAUAAUUGACCCAGCAGAGGACAGAAAUUUCUACAUCACCAUCGACCACAACCUGAUCAUCAAACAGGCACGUCUGUCGGACACAGCCAACUACACAUGUGUGGCGAAGAACAUAGUGGCCAAAAGACGAAGCACUACGGCAACUGUCAUUGUUUACGUGAAUGGUGGUUGGUCGACCUGGACAGAGUGGUCAGUGUGUAACAGUCGUUGUGGACGUGGCUUCCAGAAACGAACCCGCAGCUGCACUAACCCCGCCCCUCUCAACGGAGGACUGCCUUGUGAUGGACAGGCCAUACAGAAACUUCUCUGCACCACACUGUGCACCGUGGACGGUGUGUGGACAGAGUGGAGUAAGUGGUCAGCCUGUGGGACGGAGUGUACCCAGUGGAGGAGGAGGGAUUGCAACAACCCAGCACCUAAAAACGGAGGAAAGGACUGCGAGGGGCUGGUGCUCCAGUCUCAGAACUGUACUGACGGACUCUGUAUGCAAAGUUCAUUGUUUCAGAAGUCCACUGAGCCCAAAGAAAACAGUGAUUUGGGAAUCCCAUCUGCUCCGAGUACGGAUGAUGUGGCGCUCUAUGUGGGCAUUGUCAUCGCAGUGAUUAUGUGCCUGGUCAUCUCUGUCAUCGUGGCACUCUUUGUCUACCGCAAGACGCACCGUGACUUUGACUCGGACAUCAUCGACACCUCGGCGCUAAAUGGAGGCUUCCAGUCUGUUAAUAUCAAAACAGCCAGAUCAGCUGAUCUACUGACAGCUCCUCCUGACUUGACAAAUGCAGCUGCCAUGUAUCGUGGUCCUGUGUAUGCCCUCCACGAUGUGUCAGAUAAAAUCCCAAUGACCAACUCCCCUCUCCUGGAUCCUCUUCCCAACUUGAAGAUCAAAGUGUACAACUCAUCUGGUCUGGUCACACCGCAGGAUGACCUCGGAGGAGACUUCACAUCCAAACUGUCUCCGAAGGUAACUCAGUCUCUGCUGGAUAACAGCGACACCAUGAACCUUCGCAACCAGAGCCUGGCCCGAACACGAGACCCUUCCUGUACUGCUCACGGAUCCUUCAACAACCAGGGAGGACACCUCAUUGUACCCAACUCAGGUGUGAGUUUGUUGGUUCCAGCGGGUGCUGUUCCUCAGGGUAGGGUGUACGAGAUGUAUGUGACUGUGCACAGGAAGGACAGCUUGAGACCCCCGGUAGAGGACAUCCAGACAGUGCUGAGCCCAGUGGUGAGUUGUGGACCUCCAGGAGCCCUGCUGACCAGACCAGUGAUCCUUACCAUCCACCACUGUGCUGACAACGUCCAGGAAGACUGGCUGAUACAGCUGAAGAACCAACUGGCCAUGGGAGAGUGGGAGGAUGUGGUUGUAGUGGGAGAAGAAAACUUCACCACCCCCUGCUAUGUGCAGAUGGACUCGGAGGCAUGUCACAUCUUAACAGAGACACUGGGGACUUACUGCCUGGUGGGCCAGUCAAUCUGCAAGGCAGCCGCCAAGAGGCUCAAACUGGCUGUCUUUGGACCCGUCUCCUGCACAACUUUGGACUAUCACAUCAGGGUUUAUUGCCUGGACGACACACAGGACGCACUCAAGGAGGUUCUUCAGAUGGAGACCCAGAUGGGAGGGAAGCUUCUGGAUGAGCCGAAGACCCUGAACUUUAAAGACAGCACACACAAUCUGAGGCUGUCGAUCCAUGACGUGCCACACACACACUGGAAGAGCAAACUAAUUGCAAAGUAUCAGGAGAUUCCUUUCUACCAGGUGUGGAGUGGCAGCCAGAGAACUCUCCACUGUACCUUCACCCUGGAGAGACUGAGCCCAGCCACCACAGAGAUCAGCUGCAAGCUGUGUGUACGGCAGGUGGAAGGAGAAGGGCAGAUCUUUCAGCUCAGCAACACAUUGGAGGAGGAGGUCCAGUGCAUAGACACGUCCCUGAUGGACCCUGCCAGUAAUAUCACAACCUUAGUUGGACCCAAUGCCUUCCGCAUUCCUUUAUCCAUCAGACAGAAGCUGUGUGGCAGUCUAGAUGCACCGCAGACCAGAGGCAAUGACUGGAGGAUGCUGGCCCACAAACUCAACCUUGACAGGUACCUGAACUACUUUGCCACUAAGUCCAGUCCGACAGGUGUGAUCCUGGAUCUCUGGGAAGCCCAACAUUUCCCUGAUGGUGAUUUAAAUGAACUGGCCGCUGUGCUGGAAGAGAUGGGUCGCCAUGAUGGUAACUUUGCCUCCAUGACAACGGAACACUGACGAAGCAACAUGGUCACCGUGACAAUGACAUAACUCUGGAGACAAUAACACGUGAUUUCUCUAUGGCUGAUGCUGCGGCAAGGGCAAUGAACAAAUUCGAUGUGAGCAAAAGAAAAGUUGUCACUAAGGUGAUUGAGCACCGGUUAAAUACCAUGGCAAUCAUGCCGACAUGGUAACAAACGAGAAAUGCUCGAGCCGGUGCUGGGAACUCUGUGCGUGUAUCUUUGUGUGUUUAUUUCAGCAACGUUGCAGUGUUGUGUGUGACCGAAAGAGACAUAACCCAACCUACAACACAAACAGAGUCUAUCAGGAACAAACAAAACAUACACAUGCCUAAAAGAGACCUUGUUUGGUGUAACACUAGUUGUUCUCUUGCUGUUUCUUUAUACUGAGCAAAGAGAAGCAAAGAAAAUAAGCAACAGAGGUGCUGACCUUGAAAACCUCUACAGGAAUGGAACAGAAUCAUAAAGGGAAAGAAGCUAAACUGAUUACAAAAGGGUGAGAGAAGGCACAGUAAGGGAAAAGAGGGGAUGAGUCAGAGAUGAGUCUUUAGUAAGACAAGAGUAAACACAGGGAAAGGCUAAACUGAUUUCAAAAGGGAGGGAGGACAUUAACAUAAAAUGAUGGAAGAAGCCGCAGGUGAUCAUCUGUAAGAACAGGAUGGAAAACAGAUAAUAAGAGAGAGGAGGUAAAGAAGUGAUCCCUCACUUCUCCUGCGAGCCUUGGCUGUACGUGUUUUGCCAGUACAGUUUGUUGUCUUUAUAUCGUUUCCUAGGGAACGCUCUAUGUAUUCUGCUGUCCAUAUGUGUGGAUCAUUUCCCGCUAACAGAAUUUGCUACACGGUGACUGUCAAUCAAAGGGUCCUGACCAGAAACAAGCCCAAGACUACAGGUGUCGCCUUUUUUUGCCUGGACAUCAUAAGUGAUUUUAAAUUUGUGUUGUAUUAAAUAUCGAGUUUGUGGCUUUCCUCCAAUAUGCAUGAAGAUAUUAAAUCAUCCAGGUCACAGGGAGUCUAGAAGUUCUAAGUCAAAGGCAACUGAGCUCCAUUAGCAGUCCAUUCAUCUUAAACUUGUGCCUCUGAUUUACUUAAAAAGGCAAUCCAAAGAUGAUUAAACUGAUGGAUAGGCAUACAAACCUAUUUUUUGUUUUCCAUUUUAGCAGACAGACAUGAAAUUAUCUGUUUUAGGGUAUAUUUAAGAUUGCACUUAUGAUAAACAGAUAAACAGGGCAAAGAUACAGACUGUCAGUCAUUCAUUCUCAUGCACACCGCAAAGGUAUGUUUUCAGCUCAGUUUGUUUGUCAGCAGGAUAACGGAAAACUACUGACUCGAUUGUCGUGAAACUUGGUGGGAGGGUGUAGCAUGGGCCAGGUACGAACCCAUUUAAUUUUGGAGUGGAUUUGACACAUGGGGUGGAUACACAAAUUACAUUGACUUUUGUUAACAUUGCAAGAUAGGGCAUUUGGCCUUGGCAGAGGUCUGCGCUCUCCAAGUGCACUUCUAGUUUGUUAAAUGUUUGUUUUAACUGAGUCAGCAUUUGUUGAUUUUAAAAUUGUUUAUAUAUUUGUUUACUUUACUAAAACUGAGCGUUGUUUUCUGCAGUCUUGCUGCUCCAUUCCAUCUAGGAUGGAGCUGUAGUGCAGACGCAGACUCCAUGCAGGGUGGGGAAUUCCAGCCAUGGCUACCACAUUUGGUUAACCACAACCUCAAUUCCAGGAGUCUCUCCAAUAGACUGCUGGGGCUUGUUU